UUUUGAAAAAUCAAAUACGCAGACGGGCUCAAUUCCCGCCUUCAAGAAAAGAAAGUACGCCAAGCUUCAGUAACACUCUUUUCAUUUCUUCUUCCUCCUUCCUCUCUCUGUCUCUCUUCAUGGCUUCUCUCUCAGAAUCCAAUCUAAUUUCCAAUCUAGAAUCCUCUACUUCUACUCCUAUCUUCUCUUUCUUCUUCGAUUACCUAAACCCUUUCUCUGAUCUCAGAAAUCCCAGAAAGUCCAAACCCAAAUUCAGACCCAAAGCCGAUCUGUAGCCAAGCAGUUCCUUCCAUUUCUCAAUCGCUGCCUUUCAAUUUUACCAAAACGCCUAUCUGAUGCCUCAAAAUUGCGCUCCCAGGACAGUAAGGAAAUCCCAAAGUUCGUGAAUGAACUAUACGAUAUUUACUGUUUGUGUUUGGAUUGUUUGGAAACUGUAUCUUCACAGCUUUCGGGAAAGCCUUACAUGAUGAGUAUACAGAGGUUAAGGUUAGUGUAUUGCUUGGAGACUUGGGGAUUGUACAAAGAAGCAGAAAGUGAAGUGUUUAGGGUUUUGGGGAGACUUAGAGAUUUGGGUUUGGAGGAAAAGAAGAAGGAAAAAGAGUUAGGGAAGUUCCUGCCUAUUCCAGCAGAAAAUAGAGAUGUGGAGCUCGCAAAGUUGCUGGUUGAGUUGGUAGAGGUCACUGUUAAGUGUUCGGUAUUGGGGCAGAGUAAGGAUGGAAGGGAUUAUAUGAGAGUUAUUGGGUUGGUGGAGGAGGUUGCACCAUGGUUCAGGGUGUUAGAUGCCAAUGCAUAUGAGAAGUUGCAUAGGUUGCUUGUGACAUACCUUGGCAAAUGCACUCUGUUUUUGGUUGGGGAUUUAACAAAUUUUGAUGAAGAUGUAGUCCGUGCUUUCUGCGUGACAACAUUGGAUGAAUAUGCCAAGUCAUCCUUGAAAGAUCAAAUCUACAAGUAUUCCUGCUGGAUCUGUUCGUUGCUUUUCUUGCUUCAAGAUGAAAAGCCUUCAGUUGUCAUUGACAUGUUAAAAUGUGUUUUGGGCUCCCUUGCCUGGAAGUGCAAGGUUGUAGGGCAAGACUGGGGAAUGGAAUUUGUUGAACUUGUCUCUUAUUGUGCCAACAAAUGUCGAACUGCAAUUGGUAGUGCUGUUGCAAACCAUCUGAAUGACCUUGCUUGUGAUUUCUGUCCGGUUUUGAAACCGCUGGAUAUGAUUCUCAAGCUUUAUGCUGUAGGAUUGACCUUGACUGAUUGGGGUACUAAGUCCAAAAUUGGUGAUGUUACAUCCAAAGGUGCAAAUGAUGGAGUUAGGCUUUGCAAUUUAACAUCUCUUCUUGGUUCAUUGCGAAGUUACUUUUAUGUUGGAUUCAGUGAGAACUGUGUGCCAUGUGUUGUUGAAUUCAAGGGUUCUGCUGGUCUAUUGUGUUCAGAGUCGGAUUUUCAUCAUGUGACCUCUUUAGCUUGCCUACAGGAGGAUAGAAGGGUUUAUCUGAUAGGCUACUUAAAUGCACUGAAGUUCUUGUGCCAGCCGCUUGCUGAACUAUUAAACUUGGAGAAAAAACAAAUUAUUGCCAGAGAUGGUGUAAGGUCUUUUUGUACCUCAUUUUCAAGCAUCGAAGGGGCAUUUGGUCAGUAUUUUUAUGUUUUCCUAUCUUUGUGCAGCAGCUGGGGAAGCGAAGAGAAUAGGAAGACCAGGAAAGAAGUAACUCAAAUAGGAUUUGAGGAACGAAGUUUUACAGCAUCUCAAAGAGAGGGAGAUGAUUUUAAUGCAGUAAAGCAUGACAUUUGCCUGUAUAAGAUGAUUCCUAGCAUUGCUGUUGCUGCCUUUACUCUCUCCAUCAGGACAAAGCAUAAAUUCCAGUACAGGAGCUCAGUACAUUUCUCAGCAAGAGAUUCAGAAGGUGAAAAAUUGUGCUGCUACCCUUCUGAUGGGAUGCAGUAGCGGUGCGUUGUCAUUAAAUGGCUCUUACAUUCCAACAAGGUACUCCCCUGUCCUAUCUUCUAGCUGGCUCUCCCAUCAUUGUUGCAAAUCUUUGGGAAGUCACAGACAAAGAUAUUGAUCGGUUCAGGAAGGCAAUGCUUGAUGCCUGGUUAAAGGAAAGAUCUAAUGAUUGUUCCCAACGUUAUUUACUAGCAAAAGAAUUUGAGGCCAUGAACUUGAAGGGACGGAAAGUUGCUGCUAGGAAGAAGGCACAAACGAGAAAAGAAUCCGAAACUUGUGAUAUUGAUUCCUUAAAGAAUUGUUGUAAUCAUAGAGCCAGGAUUGGAUCAUUUAUGAGUCAAA